AUGAAAUCACAAACUUCUCUUGUAUCGUCAGAAAAUCAAGGUGACCCUACAGUUCUACCUGUCGCGUGCGAACGUACUAUAAUAUAUGAUAUAGAAAAACUUAAAUAUUCUGGUAAAACAUGUGUCCGCGCCUUCAUCCAGGAAGUUGAAGAAUUUGUUUGUUCUAGAGGCAUAACGUAUGAUAGGAUACUGAAUUUCGCAUACGAAAUUUUUACUGGCGAUGCCCUUCAUUGGUAUAGGUACGUAAAGGACAACAUUACAUCAUGGAACGAUUUAGUACGCCUCAAAGACGAUUUUAGUUCUAAGGAUUAUGACUAUCGUCUUUUAGCUGAGAUUAGGUCACGUACUCAGGGUGAAAAUGAGAGUAUAGCUAUUUACUUAUCUAUUAUGCACGGUAUGUUUUCUAGACUAGUUGGUCUACUUGAUUCUGUGUCUUCUAUCUCAGUAUUGGGUAAUGGUAUUCACGAAAAGCUGAUAGACUGUAACGUAGAAAUACUAAAAUGUGACACAAAUUUAAAAUUUACUGCCGCUGGUGGGCAGUCACUAUCUCCAUUAGGUAAAAUAAAAUUACCUGUAACCUUUAGGAAUCAAACUCACACUAUUGAGAUGUUUAUUGUUCCUGAAAUACAAGAUAUACUGAUUUUAGGAACUAUGGGUAGGCCUAAAGAAUGUUCUAGACCAUUCCAGAUGCUAAGUAUGGAUCUUAUUGGUCCACUACCAGUAACUCGAAAACAGAACACUUUUAUUUUUGUAGUUACAUGCUGCUUUUCUAAAUACUCUCUGUUAUUUCCUAUAAAGCGUGCAACCUCGAAUAUUCUUAGUCACAUAUUAGAAGAAAAGGUUUUUCUAGUUCAUGGCAUACCAAGUACAGUUUUAAUGGACAAUAGUAAGCAAUUUACUAGCAGUACAUUUAAGAAUCUGCUUACUAAAUAUGAAAUUCCAAACAUACAAUAUACACCUAAAUAUACACCUCAAGUCAAUACAGUCGAAAGAUAUAAUAAAACGAUAAUAGUUGCUAUUUCCUCGUAUAUUGAGAAUGAUCACCGCUUGUGGGACACUAACAUACCUAAAAUUCAAUUUGCACUCAACUCCUCAGUAAAUGAAGCAACUGGAUUUACUCCAUCUUUCCUUGUAUUUGGUCGUGAACUAGUCCCUUGUGGUUCUCAUUAUAUAGACGUAGAUAUGACUGAAAACAUAAUAUUUUCACCUCGAGAUGAUUACGCGGAAAAUCUAGGAACACUUCAUAAAUGUUUUGAUAAAGUACAAUUAGCGUUGCUCAAAGCGCACUCAAGAAAUAGUAGCUACUAUAAUUUGCGUCGUAAAGUGAAUGAAUUUAAUAUAGGCGAUAUCGUUUGGAAACGAACUUACUAUUUAAGUGAUAAGGAUUCUCGUUUUGCAAAAAAACUGGCUCCUAAAUUUUUAAAAUGCCGUGUAGUAGGCAAGCGAUCUCCACUUAUUUAUGAACUGCAGGACUUUAAUAACAAUAAAAACUUAGGGAUAUGGCACAUGAAAGAUUUGAAAAGGGACGGUAACGUAAAC